ACUUCACAUCUACCACAAUGCAAUACUUCAUCCCCAUCUUGGCUACCAUUGCCUGCGUUACCGCGGCUCCCGGAUACCUCCUAUCGCAAGAACCUGAUUAUUACCACCUUCCUCUAGCAAAGUCGACUCUUACAUCGAGCAGCCAAACGGUAGACCAUGGUAGCACACACGUCAUUCAUCCCUUCCCUGUGGUCCACACUGCGCCUGUGGUCCACACUGCACCACUGGUCCACGUACCGAUGUCCAUCAGUACUCAAUCGCAUGAGCGUACAUCGUACCACGCACCCGCUGCCAAGACCACAGUGACGAACAGCAAACAAGUGGUCAACCAUGGCAGUACCGCGGUCUACCACGCCCCCGUAGUCUCACCUGUAGCUCUCCACUCCUCACCACUAGUGUACCACUCGUCACCACUGGUUGCCUACAAGACUCCCGAUUCCGCCAUCUCUCACCACAGUUCUACAAUCCACGAGACAGUACCAGUCGUGAAUUCAUUACCGUUGUACGCAUUGCAUUAAUUUUAUUAUUAUAGAAAUAAACUUUAUACUC